AUGAGCCGGCCUCCAGCAACAUCGCGCAAGGUCGGGCGCGCUGUGGUGCUACUGGCGCUGCUCUGGGUGUCUUUGCGAGCAGCGCAGACGGCGCGGGCUUUGCUAGGAGCGGGGGCCGUGCAGUUUCCAAGGUCGGUUCCUCCGGGAAUAUGGGCACAGAACUUGCUGGUCGCACGCAGGGCCAAGGCUGGCCGUGGUGAGGCCCAAGACAGUGAAGACGUCAAGGCCCCCAAAGAAAACGAUUCCGUGGAAGAGGCGACGGCCGAGGCCAAAGCAAGCUUCGAUCAGGCCGAGUGGCUAAAAAAGACAGCUGGCGAGAUCGACUUGUUUACAUCUGAGGAGGUCGGUUAUUGGGCCAGAGCGGUCUUGGAAGAGGCGAACUGCGGCAAGGAGACGGUACAGAAUAUUACAAAUAUUAUCAACAGCGAGGAUAUCAUGGGCAAGGCGCUUUUGAAGUUGACUUUGAACGACAUGCAAGACAUGAACAUUCGCAUGGGGCCGCGCAAAGUCCUGGCCGAACGCAUCGCUGCCGUGUCCUUGCCGACAGCCGAGGCGAAGGCAGCGCCAAGGGUCAUCAAGGAAGAAGAACUCGGUCCGCUGUCUCAAGCGCGCGUCCCCGCAGCAAAGCUACAGGAUGGACAGAGGCUUGUGGGGAUCGAUGCCUGCGUGAAAGCUUGCAUGGGCUUGAUCGAGAAGUACAUCAACCGAAGCGAUGUGAGUCUCACGAACCGCGUGCCGCCCACCUGCGCAGCAAGAUGUGCGCGAGGUGGGAAGACCACCUUCCUGCUAAAGCUUGGCGAGAGACUGGCCGAAACUGAGUACCUCCCCAUCUUUGUGUCCUUCAACGGGGAAAGCCCCGUCAAACGGCGGGACAACGAGCUAGCGGACGAGUGGCUGUACCGGACUAUUGCGUAUGCGCUGCUCCCGGCCAACAGUUCGCUUCGUCAGGAUGUGGCAGACGAAUUCGGAAACAAGACGUGUCAGAAGUCGACUCUGCAAUCCUACUUCGAGUGCCAGAAGAACGUUGUUUUGCUAGUCGAUGAGCUUAACCAACUGUUGCUGAGGGGCCCCACAAAAGAGGAAGAGAAAGCAGAGCAAGAUGCCGCCCGCUUCAUGAAAAAUGUCUUCCUUGGCCCUGAAGGUACCUACAUGGUCUUCACCUCCCACAUUCAGUCCACGGGGCUAGACUUGACCCAGUACAUGGAGGGCGACUCCGUUAGGGGGCUGGAAAUCACAGGCUUGCCAUUCGCAGAUGAGCUCGGAGAGCUGCAGAACAUGUCGCCAGCAUUUUCUGGCUUGACGCACAUGAAAGCAGCCUACUACUCAAGAGUCCCAGCACUCCUUUGGUCCUCGCACGAUGAUGGGUCUCUGCUCUCACAAAAAUUAUCACAAAUCCGGGAAGACCCGCAACAGCACCUUGCCGCCUUCUUGCGCGAGGUUCUCGCAGGCACGUUGAUGAGAGAGAUGGAGGCUUUCAGGCAGCUCACGGACGGCAGCCAAAAAAACAGACCAAUAUGGAUCCCAUGCUUCAUGUCGCACUUCCUUAUCCAAUGUAGCAGUGUCUGCCCUGCCUGUGGUGUUCUUGGACGGUGGCUGCAAGGCAUGCAAGCUGCAGAGGAGAAGGAUGGCAAGGCGUGGGAGAAGAUCAUCGCCGUUGCCUUCGGCUUGCGCUACAUUUGGCAGCAGAUGGGCGGCGAAUUGCACGGAUGGCUGCAUGGACAUGAAGGGGCAGCAGUCCAGUGUCUGGAUGCCAACCCAGCGGCGAAGAAUGUCGAGGAAGCAAUUCAGCAGCUGCCACAACCAUUGCAGUACCCAACCCUGCAGCUGGUUCUCCCGAGCCACGCACAGUUCGAGGCAGUAGACUUGUUCGCUGUGAGGAGAGAGAGAGACAGUACUGACUUAGUCAUGGUGGCGCAGCAGAAGGAAGGCAGCGCCAGUGUCAACCACGCACGGCCACGGACUGCGAAGCAUGCUUACUGGAUGAGAGGAUCGUCGACGCAAAAGGCAAAGACGAAAGAUGAAUGGAUCCUGCCCUCGCAAAGCGAGAUUGAAAAGUUCUUGGGACCCUCCAUGGCAGCUGCAGCACCAGCCACCUGGCGGGACCCGUAG